AUGGCCCUGUUCCUUGACCACGUGACAGAACCUUCGAAUUUCAAUCCUUCUCCCGCUCCAUUCGACCUUUUGGUCUCGGACUUAUGGGGUAAAUUGGAGGCAACCACGUCAGAGAACAAGGGGCAGUUUCCAAGCGUGAGUGCCAAAAAGGUGAGCAUUAUAGAGUCUUUCGUAAAAACAUGGCGCACUCAUUUUGGUCAAAAUGUGUACCUGGCUGUAAGAUUGACGUUCCCUAAUAAGGAUGGUCGGAAAUACUUCAUUAAAGAUGUUGCACUAGUUAGACUAGUCACUAAACUACUCAAUUUACAAAAAGGGCUGGCAGACUAUACUAUAAUUCGUAAUUGGAAGAAGUCGUAUCAUUAUAAAGCCCGGUUAGCUGGAAACGAAGAGAGGGCCGGAGUUAGCGACCUUCCGCUUAUCAUAUCUAGAAUUGUACUGAGACGUCGCGACCAAAAUAAUGUAGUGAAAUCAUCCGUUUCGAUUGAAGAAGUCAAUAACUUGCUAGACAAAUUGACCGAAACAUCGCACGCAAAAGACCAAGUAGCCUUGUUGCAACCUUUCAUCGACAGACUCACCAUAGCCGAGGUGAGAUACUUAUUUCAGAUUAUUUUGAAGGAAUCAAUUCUCUCCUUUUUCGAAAGGAGCUUUUUUGUUGCCUGGCAUCCUGAUGCAUAUGAGUUGUUUAAGGUAUGUAAUGACAUGAAGAAGAUAUUCUGGGCACUCACUGACCCAGAAAAACGACUUAACCGGGAUCAACUCUGCGUUCAGCUCAUGUAUCAAUUCGUUCCACAAUCUUCAAAAAAAUUGGAGGUCUCGUACGAGGCUUUGUGCAAGCGGAUGGCCGCCAAGAUGUCACGAGAGGGCAAGGAUCCGAAACUUUUGCAGCAAUAUGAUUCUGAGCUGAUUGAGGAUGUGUUUCUCAUCGAAGAAAAAGUCGACGGUGAUCGAAUGCUAAUGCACAUGAACGAAGGGAAGUUUCUUUGGCAUACGCGGCGCAGAAGGGAUUACACAAUGGUUUAUGGAGAGAACUAUCACAUCGGAUCGCUAACAAAACAUUUGGUCGAUGCACUAAAUCCUGCAGUGAAAUCCAUCGUAUUGGAUGGUGAAAUGGUGGCUUGGAGCAAAGACCAGAAUGCCCUUUUGCCCUUUGGUACGCUUCGCCUGGCGGCAAUUCAAGAAGCCAUCCAACAAUUCAAUACAGUCGACGUUUAUGAGGGCAAUAACAGCUGGCCCUUUUUCCUUAUCUUCGAUAUCCUUCAUUUAAAUGGUAAGGACUUGUCACAUCUACCGUUGUUCUAUAGGAAAAGCAUAUUGGCUAAAGUGGUCAAUGAAGUCCCUCAUCGGUUUGAACUUCUCAAGUGGGUAAAGGCUAGUCUGCCGCAGGACAUAAAGGUGAACAUGCAACAGAUCGUCUCUGAUAAUAAUGAAGGCAUUAUGGUAAAGUCACUACUCCUGAAUUAUCGAGUUCACAGCCGUGAUAAUACAUGGAUCAAGGUCAAACCUGAGUAUCUCGAGAAUUUUGGCGAGAACUUAGAUCUAGUAGUAAUUGGAAAAGUUGGGAAAAUCAAAACAUCAUAUAUGUGUGGACUUCGAGAUGACGAAAAUGAAGGCUCAUAUAAACUGUUUUGUUCCGUUGCUAAUGGAUUUCUGCACGCUGUUUAUCGUCAUAUUGAGUCCAAAUUAUGCAAUUUUUGGGUCGACUACAAUGAACGUAAACCAGCAAAAGAAAUGAUGCAAUUUGGAACGAAAAAGCCAGACUACUGGAUAGACCCUGCCAACUCUGUGGUUCUCGAAAUCAAAGCCAGAUCGAUCGAGGUUACAGCAGAUACACCAUAUGCAGCGGGAUCAACACUACACAACCUUUGGUGUCGAGCUGUGAGAGAUGACAAAGGCUACGAAGAAUGCAUCAGUUUACAAGAGUACCAGGAAUUGAAAGCAAGAUAUUCCCUGGACAUAAGUAAGGUGCAGACAGUCAACCGAGACUUGAAGCGGAGACGAGAGGACUCAUUGUAUGGAAUUUUCUCCAAGCGCAACAAGAAUGAAGAAAAGUGUGAAAUGUAUGGUCUGCUGUCACUAUUCCGAGGACUACAUUUCAUCAUAGCAAACGACUACGAGAUAUCUGACAACACAUUUACUCAAGGAGAAUUGGAGCAACUUGCUUCCAACCACGGCGGCAUUACACACCUUCAUCCCAAAAAAGACGAUCUCCACGCCAAAACCAUAUUGGUUUUGAGCGACCAGGUAACUCCUCGACUUGAAAGAUGGCUAAAAGAAGGGUUCGACAUCAUUAGCCCUCGAUGGAUUUUCGACUGUCUACAAAAUAAGCAGCUAAUACCCAUCGAGCCACAAUUUGUGACUGCCAGUGAAAACCCACACUUAAUAUCUGCCAUGGCUAGUCGGACUGAUCCUUUCGGAGACAGUUACACAACUAGUUCUCUAACACCGGCGGGGUUUUUCCGGCAUUUGCGGGGUUUCGAAAUCCCCAAAUCAUUGACCGGAAAAUCCAUAGAAAGUGAGAUGUCCGAGUUGGCCCAUGCGGGGACAGUUGUGUUGGCCAACGUCUUUGGUGGCUGCAAAAUGUACAUCGCGGGGGAAGACCAGGGUGGAGAAUCUUGCGCCUCUGUCUGCAGGAUCCAACGGAGAAUCCUCCGAUUUGGUGGUUAUAUUGCGGAUAAACUCCAGGGAUGCAGUUACAUUGUAGUGCCUUCGCUGCAGGAACGCAACUUGAUAGAUGGUCUCCGUUGCCAGCUUCUGCAAGAAUACACUGAACAAAGUCGAUUGCCGUAUAUUGUAUCAGAGAAAUUUCUUGGAGCAAGUAUUGAGGCCGGGGAGUUGGCAGAUCCAGAGCAAUUCCUUGUAAAGGGAUGA